CCGUCUGCCCGUCGCUGCUGGGCUCCUUCGAUCGUUAAUUGUCCUAGUUCAUUCUCUCUCUCCAUCCCAUUUUUCUGCUCUACAUUAUCUUCACAGUACUUGCAAACUCUCGCUUGGUUUGAUUCCUUCCCUCCCCCCGCGCUGUCAUUGUGUUACCUCUCCACAUCGUCCUCCCCACAUCCCGCGUCCAGCCAUCAUGGCUGAAGAGGAAAGUAGACCUCUAUUAGAUGAGGAUUACAACAUACCUCCCCUUCAUCAAUCCACUUCCGCAGACACAUCAUUUCCGUCAGGUCGGGCCGACGCUUCUCGACCGUUCGUACUAUCCUCGGAAUCAACUCCUCUGCUUCAUCGUCGGGACGACGAGCCGUGGAACUAUGGCGGCGUUGAAACGAGAAGGUCCUCAUCAGAAGAGCAUCGUGACGCCUCAUCGGAUGAGAAUCUAAAACCCCGCCGACGCAGAUUAGGCUGGCCCCUCUUAUGUAUCGUCUUAACGUUGACCGCUAUUCUGGCCAUCUUGAUCUUCGCUUUUGUGGCACCGGCGGUUGUGAAACAAUACGUGAAGGAGGCUGCCGUCUUCCACCCCACGAAUGUGUCCAUUGAGUCCGCCACGGAGGGCGGCGUGCAGACGAAAGUCCAAGGCGAUAUUGUGCUGGAGGCAGACCGCGUGCAACGAAGCUCGGUGCGGAACCUGGGUCGGUUUGUCACCUGGAUCGGCAGAGAGGUGGAAACGGGGGAGUCGGACGUCCGGGUAUAUCUUCCAGAGUACGGAAAUAUCCUCGUUGGCACGGCGUCGAUACCUUCGAUCAAGGUCAACAUCCAGAAUGGCCAUGUGAAUCAUGUUGGCUUUUUGGCGGAACUGGUCGCUGGUGAUAUCAAGGGGAUUCGAGCGGUGGCGAUGGACUGGAUCGAGGGAAGGCUUGGGCGGCUGAGAGUCAAUGGGAAGACAACAAUCAAAUUAAGAUCCGGGGUUCUAGACUUGGGAGAGCAAACGUUGAUGGAGUCUUUCGUAUUUGAAGGAGAUGAUUUCCCUCAAUUACCCACCGUCAACAUCUCCGAGUUCAAUGUACAUGACGCGGAUCCCUCGCAAGGGGAGGGUGCUAUGGAAAUUGACGUCUCGGUCGCAUCUCUCAUUGACUCGCCCUUUGCUCUCAGAAUUCCUCCUUUGGGAUUCAAUGUACUGGUCCCUAAUUGUUCACCUGAUGACCCCUAUAUUUCCGUCGCGGACGUCUCGACCAAGGAGUUCCCAAUUAUACCCGGCCAGAUGAGUUCUUUUGACGUCGUUGGGAUCGUCCGGGGUCUCUCCGAUGAAUUAACCAACACCUGUCCCGGAAAGAAUCACUCACCUUUGGACUUCCUGGUGAAGAGCUAUAUUCGCGGUCUUCGAACCACUGUCUAUGUCCGUGGGGCUGAGACGCCUACCUUGGGCACCCCCGAAUGGAUGGUGGAUAUCUUGAAAAGCGUAACGGUUCCCUUAUCUUUCACGGGACACGCUUUGGAUAACCUAGUCCGAAACUUCACCAUGUCAGAUGUACACUUUGCCCUGCCUAAUCCUCUCGCGGAUCCCGACUCCCCGGAGUCUCAGCCAAGGGUGUCCGCACUGCUUAAAGUACUUAUUGGGCUGCCGAAACAGCUGGAUCUCCAAAUGGACGUUCCUCGCGUUCGCGCCCUCGCGGACGUAUACUAUCAUGGAAAUAAACUCGGUGUUUUGAGAUUGCCAAAAUGGCAACCGGCCAAUUCGACCAUCGUCGAAGGGGAAGACUCUCCUAACUUGCUCGUGGAAUUUGCCAUGAAAAAUGCUCCUCUUGACGUCACGGAUGAAGACGUCUUGACCGACGUUCUACAAGCUUUGAUCUUCGAAGGAGAGCCAGUCCAGCUCACGCUCGCCGCAAAUGUGGAUGCCGAAGUCGCCACUGGGUUAGGGAAAUUUGCCAUUCGUGGUAUUCCAGCAGAGGGAGAGGUCAAUGUUAAACCGCCUUACGGUGGCACCAUUGACCAACUCAAGCCGCAGAUAGAGUCGCUAGCGCUAGGCCCAACGACUGAGUCAUCGUUUGUCGUAAACACCAAAAUCAAUGUCACCAACCCUUCUCCGUACUCGGCGUCGGUACCAUUUGUGGAUCUUCUGCUAGUCUACAACACCACCAGAGUCGCCCAUGUUACUGCGCGAGACCUCACGAUUGUUCCAGGGGUUAACUCGGGCCUCCCAGUUGACUUAAAAUGGAGCCCUCUUGAGUUGGACGGUCUCGCUGGUCGAGUUGCCGGUCGAGAGUUAAUGUCACAGUAUAUAUCAGGUUCAAACACUACCGUCACAGUCCAAAGCUACAAUGGAACAAUUCCCUCGCUACCGCAGCUCGGGAAAGCACUCUCUAAGCUCAAAUUCGAUGUUCAGAUCCCCAGGGUACCCGUUCGACGAGCUCCUGGCAAAGAGCCGGAAGACGAUCAGGGACCGAGCUUUAUUCAAGAUGCCACGGUAUUAUCUACUUUCAUGGAACUUGUUUCCCUUCAUGACGAUUACAAUUUACAAGAACCCGUGUAGCCUAUGGGCAUCUGCUUAAGGACUGUGCUUCAAGAAGACAAACCUUUCCGCUUUGGCUAACUUGCAGAUUACUCACUAGCUACAUCUCUGGUCAUCGACAGCCGAAUUCACGCUAUCGUCGCCUUUACCGAAUACUACUAUCGAAAUCACCUCAAUAGAAGCCAAGGCUUUUUAUGAAAACGACGAAGAGGUCGGCAGCAUCGACUACUAUCGCCCUUUCGAGGUACCGCCGGGUCUCUCGCAGACCCCCCGAAUACCCGUGAACUUGGACUUGGAUGGAAUCGGCUACGAUGCACUCAAGAAAGCCCUGGGAGGCUCGCUCGCGCUGGAUGCUGUGGCCAAGGUUGGCGUGCAGGUUCGAAAGUACAGCGAUAUCAUUAUAUAUCACGGCAAGGGAAUUAAAUCGCGGGUUCGAAUUUAAACUUUCCCCUGGGCGUUAUACUUAUCUGGCGUAUUUAGUUUUCUUUGUUUCCUGUUCUUUCCCGGGCAUUGUCAUUCUUGGUAUCCUCGGGGUGUCCGGAUUUCUGGACGGUUGGCGUUGACGGAUAGAUUUGAUGAUUUCCUGUCAAGAUUGCCUUAAACUUUCUGAUGACAUUAUUUUUGCUCAACUCCAGCGAUGGCUGAUCUUAAUUUGGAAUAUAAUGUGGUGUCGUUUGGAACUUGAUUUUGGGACCCUUGCACCAGAACCGUGCCCUACUACUUACGAUUGCCUCAAUAGGAGGACAUAAUUCAA